AUGGCGACGCUGCGCACGGUGCCGAGCGGCGCCACGCAGGGCGCGCAGGUGCCGCGCGUGUGCGUGUGGGGGCGCUGGCGCGGCGCGGGCCUGGGGGCAUGGCGACGCUGCGCACGGUGCCGAGCGGCGCCACGCAGGGCGCGCAGGUGCCGCGCGUGUGCGUGUGGGGGCGCUGGCGCGGCGCGGGCCUGGGUAUAUGUGAACGCUAAGAGUGCGUGCGGUGCGCAGGGGCAUGGCGACGCUGCGCACGGUGCCGAGCGGCGCCACGCAGGGCGCGCAGGUGCCGCGCGUGUGCGUGUGGGGGCGCUGGCGCGGCGCGGGCCUGGGUGCCGCGCGUGUGCGUGUGGGGGCGCUGGCGCGGCGCGGGCCUGGGUAUAUGUGAACGCUAAGAGUGCGUGCGGUGCGCAGGGGCAUGGCGACGCUGCGCACGGUGCCGAGCGGCGCCACGCAGGGCGCGCAGGUGCCGCGCGUGUGCGUGUGGGGGCGCUGGCGCGGCGCGGGCCUGGGUGCCGCGCGUGUGCGUGUGGGGGCGCUGGCGCGGCGCGGGCCUGGGUAUAUGUGAACGCUAAGAGUGCGUGCGGUGCGCAGGGGCAUGGCGACGCUGCGCACGGUGCCGAGCGGCGCCACGCAGGGCGCGCAGGUGCCGCGCGUGUGCGUGUGGGGGCGCUGGCGCGGCGCGGGCCUGGGUGCCGCGCGUGUGCGUGUGGGGGCGCUGGCGCGGCGCGGGCCUGGGUAUAUGUGAACGCUAAGAGUGCGUGCGGUGCGCAGGGGCAUGGCGACGCUGCGCACGGUGCCGAGCGGCGCCACGCAGGGCGCGCAGGUGCCGCGCGUGUGCGUGUGGGGGCGCUGGCGCGGCGCGGGCCUGGGUGCCGCGCGUGUGCGUGUGGGGGCGCUGGCGCGGCGCGGGCCUGGGUAUAUGUGAACGCUAAGAGUGCGUGCGGUGCGCAGGGGCAUGGCGACGCUGCGCACGGUGCCGAGCGGCGCCACGCAGGGCGCGCAGGUGCCGCGCGUGUGCGUGUGGGGGCGCUGGCGCGGCGCGGGCCUGGGUGCCGCGCGUGUGCGUGUGGGGGCGCUGGCGCGGCGCGGGCCUGGGUAUAUGUGAACGCUAAGAGUGCGUGCGGUGCGCAGGGGCAUGGCGACGCUGCGCACGGUGCCGAGCGGCGCCACGCAGGGCGCGCAGGUGCCGCGCGUGUGCGUGUGGGGGCGCUGGCGCGGCGCGGGCCUGGGUGCCGCGCGUGUGCGUGUGGGGGCGCUGGCGCGGCGCGGGCCUGGGUAUAUGUGAACGCUAAGAGUGCGUGCGGUGCGCAGGGGCAUGGCGACGCUGCGCACGGUGCCGAGCGGCGCCACGCAGGGCGCGCAGGUGCCGCGCGUGUGCGUGUGGGGGCGCUGGCGCGGCGCGGGCCUGGGUGCCGCGCGUGUGCGUGUGGGGGCGCUGGCGCGGCGCGGGCCUGGGUAUAUGUGAACGCUAAGAGUGCGUGCGGUGCGCAGGGGCAUGGCGACGCUGCGCACGGUGCCGAGCGGCGCCACGCAGGGCGCGCAGGUGCCGCGCGUGUGCGUGUGGGGGCGCUGGCGCGGCGCGGGCCUGGGUGCCGCGCGUGUGCGUGUGGGGGCGCUGGCGCGGCGCGGGCCUGGGUAUAUGUGAACGCUAAGAGUGCGUGCGGUGCGCAGGGGCAUGGCGACGCUGCGCACGGUGCCGAGCGGCGCCACGCAGGGCGCGCAGGUGCCGCGCGUGUGCGUGUGGGGGCGCUGGCGCGGCGCGGGCCUGGGUGCCGCGCGUGUGCGUGUGGGGGCGCUGGCGCGGCGCGGGCCUGGGUAUAUGUGAACGCUAAGAGUGCGUGCGGUGCGCAGGGGCAUGGCGACGCUGCGCACGGUGCCGAGCGGCGCCACGCAGGGCGCGCAGGUGCCGCGCGUGUGCGUGUGGGGGCGCUGGCGCGGCGCGGGCCUGGGUGCCGCGCGUGUGCGUGUGGGGGCGCUGGCGCGGCGCGGGCCUGGGUAUAUGUGAACGCUAAGAGUGCGUGCGGUGCGCAGGGGCAUGGCGACGCUGCGCACGGUGCCGAGCGGCGCCACGCAGGGCGCGCAGGUGCCGCGCGUGUGCGUGUGGGGGCGCUGGCGCGGCGCGGGCCUGGGUGCCGCGCGUGUGCGUGUGGGGGCGCUGGCGCGGCGCGGGCCUGGGUAUAUGUGAACGCUAAGAGUGCGUGCGGUGCGCAGGGGCAUGGCGACGCUGCGCACGGUGCCGAGCGGCGCCACGCAGGGCGCGCAGGUGCCGCGCGUGUGCGUGUGGGGGCGCUGGCGCGGCGCGGGCCUGGGUGCCGCGCGUGUGCGUGUGGGGGCGCUGGCGCGGCGCGGGCCUGGGUAUAUGUGAACGCUAAGAGUGCGUGCGGUGCGCAGGGGCAUGGCGACGCUGCGCACGGUGCCGAGCGGCGCCACGCAGGGCGCGCAGGUGCCGCGCGUGUGCGUGUGGGGGCGCUGGCGCGGCGCGGGCCUGGGUGCCGCGCGUGUGCGUGUGGGGGCGCUGGCGCGGCGCGGGCCUGGGUAUAUGUGAACGCUAAGAGUGCGUGCGGUGCGCAGGGGCAUGGCGACGCUGCGCACGGUGCCGAGCGGCGCCACGCAGGGCGCGCAGGUGCCGCGCGUGUGCGUGUGGGGGCGCUGGCGCGGCGCGGGCCUGGGUGCCGCGCGUGUGCGUGUGGGGGCGCUGGCGCGGCGCGGGCCUGGGUAUAUGUGAACGCUAAGAGUGCGUGCGGUGCGCAGGGGCAUGGCGACGCUGCGCACGGUGCCGAGCGGCGCCACGCAGGGCGCGCAGGUGCCGCGCGUGUGCGUGUGGGGGCGCUGGCGCGGCGCGGGCCUGGGUGCCGCGCGUGUGCGUGUGGGGGCGCUGGCGCGGCGCGGGCCUGGGUAUAUGUGAACGCUAAGAGUGCGUGCGGUGCGCAGGGGCAUGGCGACGCUGCGCACGGUGCCGAGCGGCGCCACGCAGGGCGCGCAGGUGCCGCGCGUGUGCGUGUGGGGGCGCUGGCGCGGCGCGGGCCUGGGGGCAUGGCGACGCUGCGCACGGUGCCGAGCGGCGCCACGCAGGGCGCGCAGGUGCCGCGCGUGUGCGUGUGGGGGCGCUGGCGCGGCGCGGGCCUGGGUAUAUGUGAACGCUAA